UGCAAACAUAGUUAAUAUGUCUCCACAGUUGAAAAGGUCGUUUCAUACUGUAUUUUCCUAACCAAUACAGUCUAUGGCUUUUAAAAAGGGUACAGUGGGAUGAACGGCGAUAUUUCUCGCAUCCCCAUUCAGUCUCUGAGUGCCGUAGUUAGUCUAACAGAUAUAAUUCCUGAACUCCCGUUACCUGCUCCACUACAUGCUGGAUCCAGUGUGGAAACGUUGUUGCAUGAUUCUAGAAUAUCAAUAGAUGCCUUUCAGUGUCUUCGUUUUGGUCAUGACCGACUCGUGGGCUGCCUCAGUGAAGUCCUUGGGAGUGUAUGUACCAAUAACAUCGAUUUCAAGGAGGGGUUUGCUAGUGACACAAUUGAUCCCCAUUUACUACCUGAACCCCUUGUCAGCUCUUUGAAAAAGCUACCAAAUUUCGAACAAAAACGAGGAUUUUAUGGUCUUUCUUAUGAAUCUUUCAAUCCAGUUAAUAGUGUUUCUAGUGCGUAUAAAGUACAACCUGGUUCAUGGUGUUCAUCUCUGGAUCAACCACUAUCUUCUGAACUUCAUUAUCCAAAUUCAUUUGAAGAACCAAUCGAAUCUCCCAGUAAAAAGAAGAAAAAGCGGAAAAAGAAGAAACACAAGUACUGUGAUGAUGGCGAUACGAGUGGAACAGGAGGCGAAUCAAAUGCCACUACUCCAGCAGCCUGUGGUGGUACAACUCCAAAUAAACUUGAGGAUAAUCCAUUGUCUCCCACUUCAACAUAUGGUAUUGUAAAAGUCAAUGCAGAUACUAAAAAACUAUCAUUAAAAAUUUUCAAACGGCCUGCGAACGAUGGCUCUCAGCCUGUUUUUAUGGUUGAGCAACUAGGUAGUGUUGAGCCAGUUAAAAAAGAGAAAAAAAAGAAGCGGAAUAGAGAAAAGGAUCGUGAGCAUCGAUCUCAUCACGAAGUUCGAUCAAAGUUGGAUUCUCACUCUUCUCCAGCGGAAAUUCACGUUCAACAUAAUGAGUUAUCUAUUGAUCUACCAGUACAAACACAUAAUACUCCUACUUCAAAUAGCCCCUUGAGUACGGUAACGCCUAACGAAAACUGUAAAAGCUCCGAACUUAUCCCUUCGACUUUUGCUGAGAGUUGUCAGUUGUCCAUGAAAGAUCCUUCCCAACUUGACCUUUCGCUCAUAGCGAGCGAGGGUUUAUUUGAAAACUUGAAUUCAAUGAAUAAUUUGUAUCAACAACCCCAGUCUGUAUCUACAUCCAGUCUUCCCAGUACUCCAACUUCUAUGUCUGGUAACGGAAUGGUAAUGACCUCAAGUAAUUGUGCUCCUACAUGUACGUAUAGUUUUGAUACUAACCAAACAAAUGUAUUCACAACUAAAUCAAAUAUGUUCUAUGAGUUGUUGCGUAGUAAUGAUCCUACUAUGACCCUGAAACAUGUUGCAGACGGUUUACCUAGUGAUUUUGUAACAUCUAAUUCAUCUGUUUGUACAGCCAACCCUAAUACCUUGGGUUCUGUAUGCAACAUGAUGGACUUUGCUUCUAGCUUCCUUCAAAACGAAAUGCUUUCAUCCAAUUCCUCUUGUAUUAAUUUUCCACUUGGAACUGCUUCUCUAGCUACUUGUGAUAGCUCCACUGUCCAAAGGACUGGCUUUCCUGUACAGCCAUCUAGUAACACUACUUCUUCCUUUUUGGUUGCUUCGCAUUUGAUUGAUUCUAGUCAUUCAUCUGUUGUUACUGCUGCAGACUCCACGUUUGAUGUUUUGGGCGGUAUACUCAAUUCUUCUGGUUAUGCAUCUGUUACAGACGUUAGUCCUGCUGCAUUUGCUGCCAAUUUCGACAUGUCUGGCUUGCCUCCAGAUUCCAGUACUCACCAUGUCCCCAUGGGGCUCGCUAGUUAUUUGUCUGCUCCUAAUCAAGUUACUAACACUCAAAUUCUCAAUGACUAUCGUACCCAGAAUCAACCUGCUCGUGCUGAUUCGAAUUUGUUAUCAACAAUUACAAGUACUCCUCAACCGUGGUGGAAACGAAAGAGCAAUUCCGUGUUAAGAAGACGUAAACGCCGGAAAAAUGAACUUGAAGAUUUACAGUCUUGGACAGUCAAUUAUCCGGUUAGUGGACCGGGCUUAUCAAAAUCUGCCUCUGAACGCAACAAAGGUCCCGAUGAAAGAACUUGGGAUGAUGCAAUCGGUUCUUAUAGUCAAGUUCUUGGUGAACGUGUUAAAAGACGAAAACGAAUGGUUAGACAGGGAGGGAAUUUAGAUUCAGAUUUUGUCUUUGAGCAUGAUAAAGACUAUCCAAAUGAGGGAGAUAGUGAUCGUGGUAGCAAUGAACCUAACGGUACAAUUGACCUUACAAACGAUUCCACCGGAACCAGCGAAACUGCCUACAAUGUACGCGAAAUGCGUUCAGGGGUUGCAAAUCGUUCGUAUGCUGGUAUGGACGAGGAAGACGAGGAAGCUUCGGCAAGUCAAACAGGAUGCUCAAAUGGCUCUUCAAGUGCUAGAAGACGAAAGAGACUGGAUGAUGAUGAACCUUUUGAAGUUCGGCUGAAGGAACCCGUUGAAGCACGUUUCCCGCAUAUACGUAAAGCAGGAGAGUCCACGCGUAAACGACGUGAGCGCGUAAAUUUCGGAAUUACGGCAUCAAAUAAUUUACCCAUCCAACGAAAUAAUUCUAGGGAGCAAAGUGUUGGGGGUGAAACAGGAAGUGUAAAACGAUUUCUCAACAAGUUGUCAACUGUUCUAGAAUCUAUUGAGGAAACAGACUUUUUGAGAAGCCUUGGUAGCGUACCGAACAGUGAUGAUCAACUACGAAAAUCUAAUUGUGACGAUGUGAUUUCUUAUCUUGAUAAAGAGAGCUUAUCAACUGAGACUAUAAUAUCGGCUGAAGACUUGGCAGAAUUUUGUCGUGAUGCUGCUAAGUUAAACUCAAUAGGUGUUGCUAAUCAAAUUCCUACUGGUCAAUUACUUAACUUCCUUACAUUGUUGUUGCUCAACAUACGAGAUGGUGCGAAUGUGAUUGCCGUAUUGAGACCUGAAGAAGAAGCUGACUCACACGAAAGCAAACUAUGGAAAGAGGUGGCAAUGGAGCGAGUAAUGCGGAGUAUGAAUUCCGGUCUAACUGCGCUAUUAUUAAUGACUUCGAAGGAUAUGCCCAGAGAAGUUUAUGUUGAAGAUGUUAUAGAGCGUACAGUGUAUAGUGUCAGGUUUCAAUUAUUCAAUUGCAUUUUCCCGGAAUUCGAUCCUGCUUAUCGUGUUGAAAAUACAGCUAAAGAAAAUCAAAGCAGUAUAAAAUCUAGACGUGCUCGUGAACGCGAUGCUCAAAAACCAAAGUCCAUAAUUCAUCUGUACCACAAGCUAGUGGAAAUUGUUUCCAAUUUAUCUAAGUUGGUAAAAAUCCAAAGGCUGACAGACAGCUUGGUCCUUACCUUAUCUAGUGUUGGUGUCUCUGUAUUCUUUGUUGAAAAUGUUAGUGAGCUGCAACUUGCUGCUUUGGAACUCGUCACUGCUAUAUUCGCCCAAUAUGAAACUCAUAGGAAGCUAAUAAUGGAGGAAAUACUGGCUAGCUUAUCCCGUCUUCCAUCAAGCAAGAAGAACUUACGUUCUUAUCGAUUAAAUAGUGAAGAUAGCAUUCAAAUGCUUACAGCAUUAGCACUUUUGUUGGUUCAGUCGGUUAUAAGUCUUCCUGACCCAUCACCUCUCAACUCAGAACAAAGUACUGUUUUCUAUCAGAGCUCAAAUGUCUCUGUGUCCACUGAUGGAGGAUUAGUUCAAAAAGCAGAUGAUGAAGUGACAAUUAUUAAUUCUUAUCAUAAUGCUCUUCGUACAGCCCAUACUUUUCUGUUGGUUUUCCUACGCAAAUCAACAAUGAAGGGUGAAGAUGAUUACCGAAUUAUUUUUGAAAACUUCGUAAAUGACCUUCUUUUAGCUGUUAAUAAACCGGAGUGGCCAGCAUCAGAGGUUAUGCUUAGUCUUCUUGGUAGCUUGUUAGUACAGCAGUUCAAUAACAAAGCACUUGAUCAAAGUGUUCGGGUUGCUAGUGUUGAUUACUUGGGAACAGUUGCAUCCACAUUACGUCGUGAUGCAGUAACUAGCCAAUUGAAGGAACAUGAUAUUGAUGCUGUCAUCCGUGAUCUCUUGGAAGGUAACCAGUCAGAUGAAGAUGAAGAAGAUUCUGAAGAAGAGUUAGAUACAAAAACUGAUGACAUAAAAGAAAUAAAUGGCGAUCGUGAAUCUAGCUCAGAAGUAGAUAGAAAUAAAUCAGAGUCUGAUAUUCAUUCAGUUGGUUCUGCUUCCACUACUGAAACACCAAUACGCCAUAAUGAGAAUGGCUAUAGUUCGACAAACACUAAGUCUGUAGUCAAAGUAAUUGACACCAAAAUUUCUAAAGACAAAGUCAUCAAAAAUAAAAAAUCAGGAAAUAAAGACAAAUAUACAGAUCCUAUUUCCCAGUUAGAUCGAGUCCAGGCACUACGUGACGCUAUUUUAGACUAUCUUGCAGCAGAAGAGGCGAGUCCUACGGCAGUUUAUGCUCGUAAAUUUUACCUGGCUCAGUGGCUUAAUGAUUGUACAAAGGAAACAGAACGUGCUCAACGAAGUGCAGUACAGAAAAAAAACCAGAAUGCUGUUUUAAAUGGCAGUGGUGAAACUGUAUGUGCUUCCAAAGGUUUUUCUGAAGCAGAUCAGGCACUAAUCCUUGCGGUAGCUGAAAGAAGAAGACAACACAUUCUGUCAAAAGUACGUGAAGCUCCACAAUCCUGGCGACAACGUAGAUGUUUAUGGAGCAAUUCAUUGCCACCUAAUGAGAAAACAAAGCAGUCUGUAAAUACCUGUAUUUCUGAUUCAAGUCAGGAAACGACGCUCAUUUUCCAGGGUACUUUGGACUAUGAAGACUGCUGCUUAGUUUGUCGUUAUCUCGCUAGUCUUCGACCAUUUUCUCAAAGUUUUGAUGUUUAUUUGUCCCAAAUAUGUAAAUUAUUGAGUGAAUCGUCGGUUGCCGUGCGCACUAAAGCGUUAAGAUGUUUAUCAGCAGUGGUGGAGGCCGACCCAAAUGUUUUAGCUCGCGUAGAUAUUGAGCGGGCUGUACAUUCUCGUCUUCUUGAUACAUCGACUUCAGUUCGUGAAGCUGCUGUAGAUCUACUUGGUCGAUUUUUAAGUUGCAGACCAGAGUUGACUGCACAGUAUUAUCCAAUGUUGGCCGAACGAAUACGAGAUAAGGGAGUAAGUGUCCGCAAACGUGUCAUUCGAAUCCUUCGUGACAUUUGUCUUGAGCAGCCAGAUUUUCCAAGAGUUGCUGAAAUUUGUGUAAAAAUGAUUAGACGUGUUAACGAUGAAGAAGGAAUCAAGAAACUUGUUCAUGAGGUCUUUCAAGCAAUGUGGUUUACUCCUGUACGUGAAAGAGAAACAGUGAAGCUACUUCGAAAGGUCAUGAAUAUCACAGAUGUCGUUGGCGCUUGCAAAGACACAGGUUAUGAAUGGUUUGAACAAUUUUUACGAACUCUUUUAAAGAAAGAAGAAACUGAAAAAGUCAAACCAGUUGAAAAAGCAUGCAAACAAAUAGCUGACUGUUUGGUUCAGAAUAUUAUGCGACUAGAAGAAAUUUCAAGUCAAAGCAAUCAGAGAUUAGUAGCAUGCUUGGCAACACUUCAUUUAUUAACAAAAAUCAGACCAGAAUUAAUGGUUCAGUAUACAAUGGUACUACAACCCUAUCUGUCCAUUCGUUGUAAUGAAGCAUCAGAUGCUCAUGUGUUGCAUUAUGUUGCUAGAAUUCUAGAAGCCACGUUGCCUUUGAUGGAACAUCCUAGUGAGACAUUAGUUGCACAACUUGAAGAGGAUAUGGUUCGUCUAACUCUUCGACAUGGAAAAAUGGUACUUGAGUCAUGUGUUGCGUGUUUAGGUGCAGUUGUCAAUCGUGUUUCGAAAAACUAUUCUCUAGCUAGAGAUUGUUUCACUCGGUUUUUCAAUGCUCUUCAAAAAUUUCGUAGUGAAUUGUCCAAUGAUUCUGAACGCAAAAUAUCCCCAACUAUUCGCCCUUCUAUUCUUAGAGCUCUAUUUACUGUCGGUUUACUUUGCAAACACUUUGAUGCGGAUGUAUUUCGAUCAAGCAAAAACGCGAAUAUUCGUGAUCAAGUAUUUGAAACACUUAUGUUUUUCACAGAACAAGUUAAAUCAGACAUCGAAAUGCGUAAGAAAGCUUUAUCAGGAUUAGGUUUUUUGUGUACUCGUCAUCACGAACUACUUUGCGGUCCUCGUCUUUGCAAAUUUUACCAUGAUCUUUUGCAAGCUCCUUGUGAUGAGGCAAAACCUAAAUCAUCUGACCAUCACUUAGAAUUAAAGUGUAUUGUUCUGGAAAAUUUGUUAAACUUUUUUCUUGAGGAAGAAAAACGCAUGCUAGAAGCGGAUGCAAAAUGGAAGGCUAGUCAACAUCAAGAAUCAUUAAAAGAAAUGGGCGAUAUCGCUUCAGGUAUGGGUAGUUCAGUUGCGCAAAUGUAUCUCAAAGAUAUACUAGAAUCAUUUUUUUCGCCAUUUUUUACGGUGAGACUUACUGCCCUUUCUGUCAUAACUACAAUUCUUCGUCAAGGUCUUGUUCAUCCAGUCCAAACUGUACCCUACUUGAUAGCUAUGCAGUCCGAUAUUGAUCCAAAUAUUCGUAUUAAAGCUGAUGCUCAACUCCAGGAAAUAGACACCAAAUUUCCAGGUUUUCUGACAAUGCGAGCUGCACAAGGUGUCAACUUAUCAUAUCGCCUUCAGCUUGUUUUAUAUAAUGAGUUACGUGAAAAGCUGAAGGGUACUUCUGAGGGACCUUCUCUUCAGCAAAUAGGUUCACCUGAAUCUUCAAAUUUUCACAAGUCAACUCAUUCUAUUAAUGCUACUCGUCGAACUACCCGUAAUAGAUCUGAGGUUGAUUGUUUGGGCUCAGAUGAUAAUCUUAAGUGUUCACCAUCUACAAAUGUUUCCGAAUCUCAGUCACUUCUCAAUAUUCCAGAAGAUUCUUUUGGUGCUAUUCGCGGUACUAGAGAUCCUUUCAGUGAAGUUCCUUCUGCUAUGAAUUCGCAUCUAUAUUCGAUGCUUAGAAACAAUAAAAGUCAACGCCGUUCUCUACUUAAUGGCCUAAUAUCAUUAUUCGAUGACUCACAGAAGAUUCCUCUCAGUCAGUUAGUAUAUGUUGCUGAUAAUCUGGCUCAUUUUCCUUAUCAAUCGCAAGAGGAACCUCUGUUUGUUGUGCAUCAUAUAGACUUGAUGGUUAGUAUGGCUGGUUCGGGAGUUUUGAAAAAUGUUCGUGAGGCACUUUUUCCAGAACUAAAAGCAGCUCUAGAGGCUGUUGUUGCUGCCCAACUUGAGACAGAUGCGAAAAACCGUGCACAAAUGGAGCUGCAAUUGAGUGCUGAACUUCAGGCCCAACAAGUUGCCUCAGCUGAUGCAAUUAGUAGAGGUGAUCAUGAAACAGCUGGAUUGAUUGCCGAUCAAAUUCAACACACUAUUCAAAGAAUAAACAGUUUAAAUUCCUCCGAUCCUUCUAUUAUGUCCAGUAACGCAUCUCUGUCUGAAUUCCCUUCUGGGGCUCUCAUUGGAACAGAGGGUGUUUCUCGAGUUGAUUUGGGUCCUUUCGAAAUAGAAGAGGAAGAGGAUCCGAUUGCGUUAUUUGAUAGAUUGUCUAAGACUCGCCAAACAUCUUUACCAAUAGUUCGCGACGCAAUCCGUACCAGUCGCGCUUGUGUUUUAUUGUUGACACUCAAACAAUUUCUAAAAGAAUCUUAUUCGAUCACUGACGGUAAAAUCCAACGUUACUCACCUUCUGAUUCAGCCAAAUUAUGGGAGAAGCCGUUAACACGACGUGUCGGUGUUCAUUUUCAUCCAAUACCUUGUUUGAAAGCUUCCGGAAUAGAGAUCAAUAAGUCUGAUUCUCAUAUCCUAUGCAAUUCGCAAUCAUCAGUUAGAACAGAUCAUAGUAGUGUGGAGUUGUCCAAUCCUAAUGUCAAGCAAGCAGAUAGUGAAGAAGAAACGAUAAGUGAAAUGCAAUCUCUCAUCCGAGAUUACUUAGACUUCCGGAAGUUAAUUCUUACGAUUGAUCCUCCAGGAGAAGAAGAACUAGGACCUGAUGACUUGAAUACUUCAGUGCAGUCCGGUGGGCCUAUUGUUGAUGAUCGAUUAAAUACAGUUUCAGAUAGUACGCAGUUGAGUAAAGGUCGAUCUAUAAGAACGCUAGUACCGCAAUUGCACAAUAAAUCUUCGGAAGAUGACAAUGAUUCAGAAGAUUCAAAUGCAGGUGGUGCUUCUCGACUUAUGUUGGCACAAUCAGCUCCUACAAAAAAACGAAAACCAGCUCUCAAUCUACGUGGCAAUUCGAAAAAUCCGUUAGGUCGAAAUGCAAAGAAUAAGCGCAAACGUCGAAAACGAUGCAUAAUGGCGACCAGUUCUAGUGGUGAAGAAAGUGAUUCAGCAGACGAAUCUGAACCAUCUGAUCCAGAUUACUGAUCUUACUUAACCUGUUCCCUGACUUACUAUUUUUUACAACGCUUGGCUGUAAAGAAAUCGAUGUUACUGCGCCAAAUUCGCAAAAUGUGCAUUAUGAUGUGUUUAUAAUACUGAUGUCUUACCUAAAGAAUGGAACAAAAACCAAUAUCAUCAGGUUUCUUAAACAAGUCUGUAUUUGUUGAAUAAUCUACUGACUUAUUUGUCAGCUCAUGCCUAAUUUUUGUACUAAAGAUUUUUUCUUCAAUAGUCAUCCACUCUUCUUUUUCACUCCUAUGGCAGCUUAUCUACUGAUUAUAUUUAAUUGUCUAUAUGGAAGCAAUGUAUGCUUAGAUUUCCGGCUGAAGUUUUAUCGUACUGUUCUAAUGUAAUUACGUAAACCUACUUUGUUUUAAAUUGUAAUAAUGAAAUUGUUCAGAUCUUAUUAAUUACGUCGGAUUAUAUCAUGAAUGAAUUCUUCUUGUUGAAAGUCCAGUCGAUGUACGCUAGAAUCACAUUCCCUAAAAUAAUAAUUCAUCAUUAUUUUCGGGGUCAAUUUUUCCCUACUACUUGAGAAACAUUUGAUAUAUUAUAUCCGAAAGUAUAAUUUAUGUGUUAUUUUUCGCAAUAACUGUUAAAUUUUGACUUCUGUACAUUUAUAUUUCAUAUUAAAGUUUCAUCGACGGCAUGAUUUCCUUUAUUCUCUUUUUACAUAAUCACUAAUUUGUUUGUAACGUUGUCUAUAGUGGUAUGUUGUAGAAAUUUCAAUUUUGUACAUAUUUAUAUAUACAUAUAUGUAUAUGUAUAUUAUUUUCGUAAGAUUUAUAAUAAUUAAUUGUUAGCACCACCUAUUCUAUAAAUCUCAUUGUAUUGUUUUUUUCUUUUCACAAUUUAUCUAUCAAUGAAUGGUUUAAUUUGCGUGGGAAACGUUUCAUCAUCCUCACUGACCUGUAUUAAAACACUAUCUUUUUGUAUAUAACAUAUUUCUGUAUGUUCGUUUGCAUUACGCAUUCUCUUAUGAAUGACUUAUCUUUCAUGUUUUCCUUUUUUCAUUGUUUUUGUGUAUACUUUAUUCGUCCACUGAAUAGGUGUGCUCUAUCGACUAGCUAUUAAUAGUCUUUCUUUGUUUUACACAGCAGUAGUGCUGUUAUCUAAUGAAUUUUUCGUUCAACGCUUUAAUUCGUCUGUGUAUAUUUUUUUUCUCAGCACCCAUUAUUCUGAUACUCGUUUGCCUAUUGUGUAUAUGUGUUUGUCUGUGAGACUAAGAGUCUAAUUAAAUUCUAUCUUAAUUUUGCUUUGUUUUCAUGAAUAAUCAUGUUUAAAAUUUAUAAUCAACCAAAAGAAUUGUUUCUUUCAUCAUUAGUUUUAUUUAGUUCCAUUCAUUACUUAGAAGACUUAUUUUGUUCUUAAAGGGGUAAUGAUUUGUUUUCACUUAUUCGAACUCAAUUACCCUCUUCUUAGUCUUACAUCUGGGAUUUUAAUUUCAAAAGUGUGAGUCAUUUUGGUAUAUAUGAAUCGGCAGUCCUUGAUAAGAUAAGAGAGUUCAAGGUUAUCUUCACAACGCACCUUAAUUGUCAUCUGCUGGGCACUAACCAUUUAAACGAUUCUAUGACUCGUCCGAUUUUUAUUACUGAUUAGUACACAUCCUCUUAUCUCUAAAAAUAUUUUGGGUGCAUGUGGGCAAUCAUCUUUGGAUGUGAUAUGUCGUAUUCGAAUGUCCUUGUCCGAUCGUUACAACAAAUUCAAGUCACCCUCUUUGUAAUACGGUUUAGCUUAUACUAUAUAUGUCCUGUCGGUUAUUUUCGAUUGUCAACCAUCUUCAUCGCACCAUUCAUUGUCCAGAGAAUUCACUGAAUUCUACCUGUUUCGCUAUUGUAUUACAAGGGAUCUUCCGAUAAAUUAGUGGGAACUAUAAGAUAUUAAACACUAUUACUCCUUCCUUCUUAAAAUAUAGUGUUCAUUUGACUAAGGGUUUUUAGACGCCAAACGGGUGUUAGUGAUAUCAUCCAGUAACGUCUAUAUGAGCCCCAGGAGGACUUCAAAGGAUAGUUUAUUUGCUUUUCAAUUAAUGAACACUAUCAGGUUAAUUCUGAAUGAUCUACUAGCAAUAAGUAUUAAAGUCCAGAAAUAUGGCCCCAGAAACCUGUGCAUAUUCGCGUUGCUGGAACUUUCUCGGGUUUUUGUCAGUACUGCACAUGGCUCAUCGAAUUGUUUACUAAAAGGGUCCAUCUUCGAUCAGAAUGCAGUUACCAGCAACAGACUUAAUAUAAACAGUAUCUGAGUGCUUGCAAUAGAUUGACAUGGUUCUAUCCAUCGUAGUGUUAGUGGGUUAACUUUUUCAUAGGCAUUUGCAAUACAUAGAAAUCUUCGGUAUAGCCGUCUGAACUUUACAGAUGAUGGUCAGUCCUGUUAAAUGUACCUGGUUAUUCGUUUUAUUUUGUUAGCCUGACCAUUUACCAGAAUGAUGGAGAACCACUUAAGACGGGACUAUAGCAAGCGUAGCCUUGUUUGUAGUUUGUCCGGGUGCCCGCUGUAUGAUUAUAAGAAUGUCCAAAAUCUUCACAUCGUCAGUACUGUGCGUCAACACCUGAAACCAGUAACAUUACUUCCCAGUGCAGAGUCCGGAUACUCCUUAUUUGGAAACAAAG